AUGUUCGAGAAAUCACUGUACGACCUCAUUCGAGGCAUGCGGAAUCACAAGGGCAACGAACGAGAGUACAUCCAGAACUGUCUCAAAGAAUGUCGUGCCGAAGUCCGAAGCCAGGACCUCGAUCUGAAGGCCACCGCCCUCCUGAAGCUCGUCUAUCUCGAGAUGUUUGGACAUGACAUGUCCUGGGCCUCCUUCAAUGUCCUCGAGGUCAUGGCUUCGCCAAAGUACCACCAGAAGCGUGUCGGAUACCUGGGUGCCAUACAGAGUUUUCGCCCUGACACGGAGGUUCUGAUGUUGGCAACAAAUCUUCUUAAGAAAGAUGUGACAGGCGCUUCCACCACCACCAUCGCAUUGCCUAUCGUCGCUCUGCCUCACCUUAUAACGCCCUCGCUGGCCCUCUCAGUCCUCUCCGAUCUCCUGCCGCGGCUGGGCCACUCGAAUCCCUCGAUACGCAAAAAGACCAUCGUCACCCUCUACAGGAUGGCGCUGGUAUACCCAGAAACCCUGAGGGCUGCUUGGCCAAAAAUCAAGGAAAAGCUGAUGGAUCCAAACGAGGACUCUAGCGUUACGGCAGCCAUCGUAAAUGUUGUCUGUGAACUGGGCUGGCGGCGGCCUAACGACUUUCUCCCUCUAGCGCCCCGGCUCUUCGAAUUGUUGGUGGAUAGUGGUAACAACUGGAUGGCAAUUAAAUUGAUAAAACUGUUUGCUACCCUCACUCCGCUCGAACCUAGGCUCGUACGGAAGCUUCUCCCACCUUUGACUGAAAUCAUACGGACAACACCUGCUAUGUCUCUGUUGUAUGAAUGCAUCAAUGGCAUAAUACAAGGUGGCAUUCUAGGAAGUGGAGACGACGACAGCGGCAGCGAAGAGAUCGCUUCGCUUUGCGUCAGCAAACUGCGCUCUAUGAUCAUGAUCGAUGGUGACCCGAACCUCAAAUAUGUCGCGUUACUAGCAUUCAAUAAAAUCGUAGUGACACAUCCUUGGCUGGUCGCCCAGCAGGAGGAUGUCAUUCUAGAAUGCAUUGACAGCACUGACAUUUCUAUCCGUAUAAAGGCUUUGGACCUAGUUCAGGGCAUGGUAAACAGCGACAACUUGGUAUCAAUUGUCAGCCGUUUGAUGCGCCAACUAAAGCAUGCUUCUGCAGAGGAUCGCAAUGGUGCUUCUACAGAUCCCGCUGAUUUGGAAUCGGACGAGGAAGCGCUGGAGCGUACAAUCAACCCUGCGCAAAAGACCAAGGAACGAGCUCCUCCCCUGCCUGACGACUACAGAAUCGAUGUCAUCAGUAGGAUAUUGAGCAUGUGCUCUCAGCAGAACUACAGCAAUCUGAGCGAUUUCGAUUGGUAUAUCGACGUUCUCAUACAACUUGUCCGGACAGCGCCUCUGCCACGGCCCGUUGAUGAUGUGGAAUCACUUGCCGCAACAGGGAGGCCCAACGCGGGCGACGUGUCAGAAAGAAUUGGAGAUGAACUCAGAAAUGUGACAGUAAAGGUUCCAGCGAUCCGAUCGGCAUGCGCAGAGGCCGCUGAAAUCAUCAUGGGCCAAUUCAGUAAAGACGCACUGAGAGGGUCUUUUAUUGUAUCUGGGGCCUUGAAACCCGUGGCGUGGAUAAUAGGGGAGUUUGCUGCCGAGACUCGUGCAUCGGAGGACAGUCUGAAUCUACUGUUACAGACAAUUCCACGUACCUCUUCUGCGGAAGCCUUGGCAGCAUGCGUGCAAGCUGCCACCAAAGUCUUUGCGCUGGUGGCUGGUGACAGUCUCGCUGUCUGGACACCAGAGAGGAAAUCCAAGAUUUCACUCUUGAUGGCACGCAUAAUUCACACUUUCGAACCUUUAGCUAUGCACCCGAACCUCGAAGUCCAAGAACGAGCUGUUGAAUUCAUGGAGUUGUUGAAGUUGACGGCUGAGGCGGUCUCUAGUCAAGACGCUUCAUCGGCCGAGAUGCAGCAAGAUGCGCCUCUACUUCUUACUCAGGCUAUUCCGGCUCUUUUCGCAAGUUGGGAGCUCAAUUCAGUGGCAACCGGGGCUCAAAAGAGUGUGCCGUUGCCCGACGAUCUUGACCUUGAUGAAGCUAUCAACCCGAAUCUUAAUUCUCUACUAGCAUCCGCCGAUUCGAUCACUGUACCAGCAGAUGAAGCUGAUGAGUUUGAGAUAUACUACAACAAGAGACCUCCCCCAACCAGUAUCGCUUCAGAGCCAGCACUCAAGCGUCUUACAGACACCAAGGAGGAAGUGGUCAACUCUUACCAGCAGCCAAGCGAGGAUUCAUACCUUGAUGCAGACAUUCUCGCCAGGCGGAAAGCUGAACGCCUUGAACGAAAUCGUGAUGAUCCUUUCUACAUUGGAGGAGGCAGUGGUCUUCCGGGAACCUCAACUCCAAUACACAACAUACUUCAAAAUUCGAAUGGCCCGGAUUUUGAUGUAGAUUCAAUUCCCGUUAUGGAAUUAGACCUGGAUCAUCUCAACGCAGGAGUGAGCAGUAGUCUACCCACGCAGAAUCAUAUGCCCAUUAAACCGAAACCGAAGCCAAAGCCGCGACAGAAGAUUAUUGUGGCAGCCGACGAGACACUGGCCGGUAGUGGUGGCUCUACGCCUCGCAACUAUGAUUCUGAGAACAACUCGGACAGCUUCACCAAAUCACGUGCGAAGAAUUCCAAAAAUUCGCUCUUUCUAGGUAUAAGCUCAGCUAACUUGGGAUCUCUCAAUCUCGAAGAUGAUCCUCAGGGCCAGGGCUUUGACUACGAAGCGAAGCAACGCGAAGAUGCUGAGAUGGCACAAGCUGUGAAAGAGGUUGAACGCUUGCGGCUUGAAAUGCAACGCGCAAACGAGCGAAUUCAAGUAGCUCAGGGUGUAGAUGUAGAGGGAACGGUCGUCAAGAAAAAGAAGAAGAAAACUACAGUCCCCGCAGUAGAAGGCGGAGAGGAGCUCACCAAACCCAAGAAGAAGAAAAAGAAGGUCCCUGUCAUGGAGAGCGGGCAGAGUGAAACCACUGAAGCCCCUGUCGAGGAAGCUGCCGAGCAAACGACAGAAAUCGCAAAACCGAAGAAGAAAAAGAAGAAGGCAAGGGCAGCCGAAAUUCAAGAUUAG